UACGGGGCGGAUUGGACUCCAGGCCGCUCGGCUGUCGCCGCGGGACUGGCCAUGGUUCUGCGUGGCGUCAGGGUUUUGGAGCUGGCGGGUCUGGCCCCCGGGCCGUUCUGCGGCAUGAUCCUGGCGGACUUCGGAGCUCAGGUCGUGCGCGUCGACCGGCCGGGCUCCGCCGGGGACGUGAGCCUCUUGGCCCGGGGCAAGCGCUCGCUCGUGCUGGACCUGAAGCAGCCGCGCGGAGCCGCCGUGUUGCGGCGCAUGUGCGCAAGCGCGGACGUGCUGCUGGAGCCCUUCCGCUGCGGUGUCAUGGAGAAGCUUCAGCUUGGGCCAGAAACCCUACUGAAGGACAAUCCAAAGCUCAUCUAUGCCCGACUGAGUGGAUUCGGCCAGUCGGGAAGUUUCUCCAAGGCAGCUGGCCAUGACAUCAACUAUUUGGCUUUGUCAGGUGUUCUGUCAAAGAUUGGCCAACAUGGUGAGAACCCAUACCCCCCGUUGAAUCUCCUGGCCGACUUCGGUGGUGGUGGCCUCAUGUGCGCAUUGGGCAUUGUGCUCGCUCUCUUGGAACGCACACGUUCUGGCCGGGGUCAGGUCAUUGAUGCGAACAUGGUGGAAGGAUCGGCCUACUUAAGUUCUUUCCUGUGGAAGACUCAGCACUCGAUACUGUGGGAACAGCCUCGAGGACAAAACCUGUUAGAUGGUGGGUCACCUUUCUACACAACCUACAAGACAGCAGAUGGGAAGUUCAUGGCUGUUGGUGCAAUAGAGCCUCAGUUCUAUCAGCUGCUGGUCAAAGGACUUGGACUCCAGUCGGAAGAACUGACCCCCCAGAUGAGCGUGGCUGAUUGGCCGGAAAUGAAGAAGAAAUUUGCAGAUGUGUUUGCGAAGAAGACCAGGGCCGAGUGGUGCCAGAUCUUCGAUGGGACAGACGCCUGUGUGACCCCGGUGCUGACGAUUAAGGAGGCCGUCCACCACAGUCACAACAGGGAGCGCGCCUCAUUCAUCACUGACGAGGAGCAGCGUACAAGCCCCCGCCCUGCACCUCUGCUGUCCAGAACCCCGGGCGUCCCUUCUGUCAAAAGGGAUUCCUUUGUAGGAGAGCACACCGAAGAGGUUCUUAGAGAGUUUGGGUUCAGUCCAGACGAGAUCAAGCAGCUGUGUUCAGAUGGAGUCAUUGGGAAUAAGAAGCCAAAAGCCCACCUCUGACUCACAUGGCUCCGGGGAAUCUGAACACUGUUACACUGGAGAAUCACACCCAUGGUGUGCGUGGAAAUGCAGAUGAAUAGCAAUGAAGCGAUCCGAGUAGUCCAAUCAAGGCACAGCUGAAGGCUGAUUACAGAGUAAUGAUUGCAUUUUGAAACCGCGUUCCAGAGCCUCUGAUUGAGGAAUAUUUUUGUGUGUGUACCAAUAUUAACUUGUCAUGACUUCUCUGCCUUUCAAAUUUACUUGAUAACAUGAUUGAUUGGUAUUAAUGCUCUUAUAGAAAUAUAACUAUGGUAUAUUUUAAAUGGAUUAAUAUAAUUUUAAUAAAUAAAACUUUUUUUUUCA